AUGGACGAACUAAGAGUAAAAGAAGUAGAACCAUUACUGAAACUGGACGGUCAUCAUCCAUCUAUAGAAAUUAAUCUUAAUUAUACAAAUAAUAAACCAAAUCUUGUUAAAUUUAAUCGUAAACUUUUGAAACCAAAUUAUCAUAAAUGUAAUUUUGAAAAAAUUAAAGACCAUUUAAGAAAAGUUAAUUGGCAUGAACUGUUAAAUGACUUGGACCCUGAUAGUGCUGUUGAUGCUAUGUAUAAAGAACUUAAUUCAGCUAUUUUGCUGUUUGUACCAUUUAAAAAAUGUAAUCCUAACCAAUACCCAUACUGGUUUAACUUUCCUCUAAUUCGUUGCCUUCGAGAUAAGAAAAAGUAUCAUAAGUUGUAUAAAAAAUUUGGUAAUCCGAGGGAUUAUGAUACAUACAAUAUGCUGAGAACUCGUAGUAAACACUUAAUUGAAGCCUGCUACAAAUCGAUAAACAAAAAACGUAACGAACUUAAAGAAACGUUAAACAUUUCUUUAAGUUCGUUAAUAACAAAAAAUCAAGUAAAGGUAUCCCUGAUUCUAUGA